AUUAUUGUUUUAAUUGAUUUUAACUUUAAAUUUGUACUGUGAAAUUAUAUUGUAAUUAUUGUGAUGUUUCAAAUACUAAUUAAUAGCGAAUUUCUUGAUAUUUUAGUUUGGUUUUUCUUUGCCAUUGUUGUCCCGGCCUACUACCUUGAGCCUCCCCCAGAUUGCGCCAAAGGGCAUUACAAUCGUCGGGUUAAUAUACCACAACACAAAACACAACAAAUCACAACACAAUAUAUGGUAGAGGACUAUGUUCAACAAUAGCAAAAAACCACUCAAACAAGGUAAAACACCAGCUAAUUACCAUCAGGAAAUUCAAUGCGAUAUUGAAUCAGCCUUCGACAAUUUAGAUCUUUUCACAAAAAAACCAGACAACGUUAUAAGCUUCAAACCGGAUCACCCACCAUCGUAUCCAGUUGAUGAUAACGACACCACUAUACCAUACGUUGAAGACCAGCCUUUCUUUCAAUCAUCGCCUAUUCAUUCUAACAACUUUCUUUCGUCGUGGACAGGACAACCCACUUUGCCAUCCAGUAUCACUCCAUUAAGACCAUCAAUUGUACGCCGGCCAUCUAUUCCAUCAACACUUGCUAAAAAACCGGCACCUACCUCAAAUUUACUUCAAACGCCACAACAUUUUUCAUCAUUGUAUCCUACUCUACCAAUUUUAGCUACAACAUCCACAACAUCACAAAUUCCUUCAACAGUAACUGCUACAACAUCCACAACAGUUCCAGUAACUACAGCUGCAGGACCAGGGACAGUAGCAUUAACAUUAGCAGGACCAGGACCAGGAGCAGUAGCAGUAGCAGGACCAGGACCAGGACCAGGACCAGGACCAGGAACAGGAGCAGUAGCGGGACCAGCAUCAGCAGCAACAGCCCAUUUCCAAGGUAGGACAACACAACCUCCUACCAACAUUUAUAAUAUGUCAUCAAUUUUGAAAAUUGAAAAAUUUAAAGGUGACACUACUCAAAAUCCGGAAACUUGGUUAACCAAUUUUAAUCAAUAUUGUAGUUUUUACGAUUUGUCAAAGAAAAAGAGUGCAGAGUCAUUUCCUUUUCAUUUAGAAGGCCACGCCAAAAUUUGGUAUGAUACAGUGGCCGAUUCAAAAAAACAUCAUUUUGAUUUUUUGAUCGCUGCUUUCAGAGAUCGUUUUAAAGAUAAACAACAUCUUUUGGACAUAACAAUUUUACAAACCCAUCAAGGAAGAAAUGAGUCUGUACUAGAUUUCUUAUCUAGGUUGUUAAAAUUAGCUACUAAUAGAAAUAUAUCUGAUGAUAUAUUGCUAGCCGUAGCAAUGAAUGGUUUAAGGGCUGAUUUAAAAACAAUAGUCAUGACGAAGGAACCUAAAAAUAUUGAAGAAUUUAGGCAUGCUGCAAAUUUGGCAGAAAAAGCUAUUGAUUCAAAUGUAAAUUCUGUAAAUUCUAUGAAUCAAACUGUUUUAAACGAAAUUCAUUCGCUAAAGGAACAUAUACAAUCUAUUAAUGUAAAUAGUACAACUCCAGAUACUCCCCAACAUCAAUCUUAUCAACCUCCUCAAAAUUCCGUUUAUGUACAACAGCCAGUUUAUCAUACCCCAAGAACGCCAUAUCAUACUGGGUAUCCAUCAAAUAGGUAUAAGGCUCCACAAAAUCAACAACCACGUCAAAAUUUCAAUAGGAUGCCUCCACACUAUCCCGUUAAUCAAAAUUUUCGACAACCAUUUAGAUUUCAAAAUCAAUCACAAACAUCAUCUCGUAGAUGUUUAUAUUGCAAUAGGUUUUCUCAUGAUAGAAACCAAUGUCCCGCCAGAAAUGCAACUUGCCAACUUUGUAACAAAAUGGGACAUUUUGCAACAGCCUGUCUAUCUACCAGAAGAAUGCAACCACAAUAGCAAUUCAAGCCUGUUCGAAUUUCU